AUGUCUGCGGCGGCUGAAGAACGAGUCACCCAAGCUACUCCCAUUUCCCAGGAAUUGGUAGUUCUGGAUAUUACUGGGCAUCAAUUGCAUAUCCAGGCAGACGCAACAGUUGGAACCUCUUUGCACCCUACCCGUCAAAUUGCUACAGUUGAAGCAACGACUCAGAAAGAUUUGAGUCACGUGAGGCUGGUAGGCCAGCGGUCGUCUUGCAUUGGUGAACUAAACGUUUAUUACCGAGGUCAGUGGAGAUCCGUCUGUAGUAGUCUGUGGGAUUCAGCUACUGGCGAAGUCGUCUGCAAGCAAAUUGGUUGCGGUUUCCAUCACAGUUCAACAAGCAGCCCCAUCUCACAAGAAACAGGAUCUCCGUUACUGAAUAAGAUUCAGUGCAAUGGAACAGAGGCUUCACUGUCGGAUUGCUCAUUCAGUGCGUCGGGCCUGCAGAGUUGCGAAACUGGGGCGAUUGUAACCAUUAAGUGCACAGGAAUCGAUACGCAAGCAGGUAGAGUUGGGGUGUUGAAUGGGAGGUGGGUGCAGAGUGAUACAAAUAAGCGAAGGAAGAAGGCUUCAGCUAUUAUCGAUAUGAAGGGGCUAGCAAGACUACGAACCUGGCAGACUCAACAUGGUUUUGUGAUUAAGAACUCAUAUUCAACCAAUGCAUUGGAGUUCUUUGAAACGGUCACAUGUGCUGUGGAUAAAGGGCAACUAGUGGAUGUACUGAACUUAGUUUUCGAGAAAUUAUUUGAAAAACGUCCUACGCCAAAGGUUAUUGAGGAAGAUAAAAGUUCAUGGUCCAAGGGAACCGCGAUGCUUGAGGAUGGGGGCAGCCCCUGUGCUGGAAGAGCUCAAGCCUGUACCUUCAGUGUGUGUUACAGUAUCUGCGGUCGAAUGUGGGACAUGAAUGACGCUCGUGUGUUUUGCAAAUACCUGGGCUGUGGCGACGCUGUAUCUGCAUCAGAUGAUUCUCAGUUUGGGGCUGGCGACCUGCCUGUUCUUGACUUUGAAGUUCACUGCGACGGCUCCGAGGACAACCCCUGGAAUUGCGACUUUAAUGUCUUGACACACACGAACUGUUCCACAGGAAGGAAAACAGCUGGUGUUGUUUGCUCAGGACAGAAAGGACCGCGGUUAGUUGGUGGUAAUGGCACCUGCUCAGGAAGAGUGGAGAUUUUGCUGGGCAACACCUGGGGUACAGUUUGCGACGCCUCCUGGGAUUUACAGGAUGCGGCUGUAGUCUGCCACCAACUUGGAUGUGGGGCUGCAAUAUCAGCGCGAGGAGAUGCAUUCUUCGGAGAGGGAAAUGGUUCGAUAUGGAACGAUAUAAACGAAUGUAUCGGCAAUGAAUUGCGUUUGAGUGACUGCCCAGUGGCAUCCUGGGGGCACCAUCAGUGCACGCACAAAAAUGAUGCUGGUGUCAUCUGUUCUGAUGAACCUUGGCAGGUGCGACUGGUCAAUGGAGAAAGUGUUUGUGAUGGACGAGUGGAGGUUUAUUACGGCGGUUUUUGGGGGAGAGUGAUUGACACUGAGUGGAAUUUCAAUGAUGCCGAUGUGGUGUGCAGACAGCUGAACUGUGGCGCUGCAAUAAAUGUUUAUAACAACUGGAAGUUUGGAAAAGGCGACGGCCCAGUGUGGAUCAGCAAUGUCAGAUGCAAUGGAAGUGAACACUUCCUGUGGAAUUGUGGUAUUACACAAGGGAAGCAAUUAUCCAUCGCAGGCGACGUCGGCGUGGUUUGCUCUGAUCAUAUUCAGGUGAGACUGGCAGAUGGUGGAAGUCGCUGUGCCGGAAGGGUGGAACUUUACUAUAACGGAACCUGGGGGACUGUUUGUGAUGACCUCUGGGAUUUAGCAGAUGCACAUGUUAUAUGUAACCAGCUGAAGUGUGGACAGGCUCUAAAUGCAACGGUUUCCGGUUGGUUCGGCACAGGAGCGGGGCCUAUCUGGCUUCAUAACCUGAUGUGUGCAACGAAUGAUUCUGUUUUGUGGGAAUGUCCGGGGGGUCCGUGGAAUGAGAGCAACUGCAAUCACAAAGAGGAUGCUGGAGUUAUCUGCUCGGAGCACAGGGCUGUAAGGCUUCAGAAUGGAUCGAGUCCCUGCACGGGCAGAGUUGAGGUUUUCUAUAAUGCGACUUGGGGGACUGUUUGUUCCGAUUCAUUUGGAAAGGAGGAUGCAGAAGUGGUUUGUAAGCAGCUCAGCUGCGGAUCCGUCCGGUCUGUCGAUCGGGAUGUCACAUUUGGAAUGGGUUUCGGACGGAUUUGGCUUGAUGAUGUGCAUUGUCGCUUGCACGAUUCACUUUUAUGGCAAUGUCCAUCUUCGCCAUGGGGUGAACAUGAUUGUGAGCACAAGGAGGAUGUAGGUGUCAUUUGCUCAGGUAAUAACUACAAAUAG